AUGCACUGCGGAGCCCAGCUUUGCUGCCACCGCAAAGAAAGUACCUCAAGGCUUUACCUUGAGCGCCUGAACUUCUCUCCACAUACCACUUGGGAGAAGCCGGUGGGUGGUGCUGGUGGGCUUAUGUGGCUGAGCUCCUGGCCGAGUUCCAAAACACUCCUAAAGGGAAAACGGCCCACGUGGAAACUUGUUAUUUUCUGUAUUGGCUGCUGUGUGCCAGAAGAGGCAGCUUUUGUUUUUCUUUUGCCAAAACCACUGCCUAUAACUCUGUAUACUUUUGCUGCUGAAUGUCAUUUAUCUGGCCCUAAUUUUUUGUGCCUGAAGGAAGCCAGAGAACCGAAAGGGGCAUUCAGCCUGCCCUUUUAUUCUGUCGGGAGCUGCCUAGCUACAAUAAAUACUGGGGGGUGUAGAAAAUCUGCUGGUACCUAG